AUGUAUGUAUGUGCAUGCGUGCGUGCAAAGCAGAGCCCGGCCGCAGAGCCAGGCCGCAGAGCCAGGCCACAGAGCCAGGCCACAGAGCCAGGCCGCAGAGCCAGGCCACAGAGCCAGGCCACAAAGCCAGGCCGCAGAGCCCGGCCGCAGAGCCAGGCCGCAGAGCCAGGCCACAGAGCCAGGCCACAGAGCCAGGCCGCAGAGCCCGGCCGCAGAGCCAGGCCGCAGAGCCAGGCCGCAGAGCCAGGCCACAGAGCCAGGCCACAGAGCCCGGCCGCAGAGCCAGGCCACAGAGCCAGGCCGCAGAGCCAGGCCGCAGAGCCAGGCCGCAGAGCCAGGCCACAGAGCCAGGCCGCAGAGCCAGGCCGCAGAGCCAGGCCGCAGAGCCAGGCCACAGAGCCAGGCCGCAGAGCCAGGCCACAGAGCCAGGCCACAGAGCCAGGCCGCAGAGCCAGGCCGCAGAGCCCGGCCAGCGAGGGCGCAGAGCCAGGCCGCAGAGCCAGGCCAGCGAGGGCGCAGAGCCAGGCCGCAGAGCCAGGCCAGCGAGGGCGCAGAGCCAGGCCGCAGAGCCAGGCCAGCGAGGGCGCAGAGCCAGGCCAGCGAGGGCGCAAGACGGGGCGACAUGAAAGCGCCGUCGACUUCCCCCCCAAAAUAGACGUCGAAGGUGUAUUCCCAGAGAGAUUGCUAGAGAUUGUUAUGAAAAAGGAAGAGUCUGUGUUAUCGAUUCCUGGAAGCGUGUCAACGUAG